AUGCAAACCGGGAGACGAGGGCAUCCCAACCGCCAACCUCGCUCGUCCGACCGGGGCGGCAGAGGAGGUCGAGGCCGAGGCCAAGCAAGAGGCGGCUUCUCAGACCGUGCAAGAGGCAGCAACACAUCACGUGGCUCCUUCCGCGGUCAUUCUUCCUCAUCCGCCUACACGCCUGUUCCCGCCUAUGCGUCUAUCCACGCCGGCGGCGCUGUCGCCAUUGUCCUGAAGCAGGACCAGCCGACCGGCCACCGCGUCUCGGGCAUAGUCGCCGAUGUGCUGACGCGCGGCGACCAUCCGCGCGGUGUCAAGGUACGGCUGCGAGAUGGCCGCGUGGGCCGCGUGCAGAGUCUUGUCAGUGAAGCCGAGGGCGAGAGGGGCGAGGCGCUGGUGGGCGGCGCGGGCGCAGGCCUAGGUCGGGACGGCGAGGCUGGGGGUGCCAGAGCGAGAAUCGCGGGUGGCAGGAUGGAAAGAGAUAUCAGAGACGAUAAUGGCUAUCUUUUUGAUGAGUCGAAAUGCGUCAAUGUGGCGGAUACGGGCCUUUUUGCGGCCCUGGAAGAGGCGGAUCGGAGACAUGAGGAGCGCUGGGCGGGUGGAGCUGCAGACUCGGCGGUUUGUCCGGUCUGCGGUGAUUUUGAGGGCGAUGAGAUGGCUGUUGCGAGGCAUGUUGAGGGUCAUUUUGCCGAGUGA